CUUUCAGCUCCUGCAGUCUUCUCUCCUCCCUAGUUGAGUGCUGUGUUCUUGGUUCACUGGAAGCUGGUAGAGCGCGCCAUGCCUCCUCCUCUCCCCGAAUGCAUCACUUCAGCUAGCUAAGUACCUUCGGUUGCUCGUUCCCCUCAGGUUCUGUAAUCUCUGCUCUUGUUCCUUCGCCAAGCUCCCGCGUCCAUGUCGAUCACGGAGGUCAGCCACCACUUCUGCUACCUCCACUCCCUCUCCAUCGUGCUGCUCUACUUCCUCUACGUGAUCUCCUGAUCGGCCUCCCCUGACUUUCCGAACAAAGCUUUGGUUUGAUUCAGAAUCGAAGCUUUGUUCGUUACAAAAACAUUGUCAAUAAUUAGUUCUCGUUCCUGUUCCAUGAUCCCGUCCAGUUCUUCUCCCGGCCCUCUCCUGCUUUGCUGCUAAGUUCCGUGCCUCUCCUAGCGCACGCUUCCACACCCGAUCAUUCAACUAGAAGCGGCACUGUUCCAACUUCCAAGCAGGCAAGUUCUUCAUUUCCUUCCGUAGUAAGAUGGUUCCUGCGGCGGCGCCGCAGCAGGGGGUGGUCCGCCACGCCGCGGCGGCCACCGAGGAGGAGCGGCGGCGCAACCGCAUGACCUCGAACCGGCUGUCGGCGCGCAAGUCCCGCAUGAAGCGGCAGCAGCACGUGGACGACCUGGCGGCGGAGGCGGAGCGCCUGCGGCGCGAGAACGAGGCGAUGCGCGCCGGCGUCGGCGGCGCCCUGCGGCGGGGCCGCGCGCUGGAGCAGGAGAACCGCGUGCUCGCGGCGCACGCGCGCCAGCUGUGCGCCGCGCUCCUGCUGGCGAACUCCCAGCUCCGCCUGCUCGGCGGCGUGGCCGGCGUGCCGCUCGACGUGCCUGGCGUGCCCGACCACCUCGUGCAGCUGUACGGCGGCACGCAGCAGAUGCCAGUCACGCCGCUGGCGCCGACUCCGCCGCCCCUGCAACUGCCGCUGGAGAUCCAAAUGCUGUUGCAGCCCGACGUCAUGGACGCCGUCGGUGUGCUCGAGUUCUGAGGUGCGGGAGCGCAAGUGUAUCAUCGUGCGACGUGUGAAUGCUGUGCUGUGUGGUGUUAUAUAUUUCGCGCGCUGUAUGCUUUUGUGAUGUGUGAACUGGUACCGUGGUGUAUGUUAAGUGCCUUGUUAAUGUCGUCGACGAAUAAAGAACGUAUGUAAGUUGUGUAACAGUGUUAUACGUAC